ACAUUGAUAAAAUUUCUCAGCUCGGUUCGUUUUGUCUCCAAGAUCAAAGCCAUGGGCUUAAGAUUCACUAAUUCCCAAUCAGAUGUGUUUACAGGUAGAGAGGCUCCACCAAUACACUAUCUUCUCAAAAUUCAAUCAUUCAACUCUCUUUCGAGAUCUUGUUUGGAGAAAUAUAGUUCAGACACGUUCGACGUAGGAGACUACAAAUGGAGAUUAAAGAUAUACCCACGUGGGAACAAGGACAGAGGCGGGCAGGGUCAUAUUUCGAUAUUCUUGACGUUGGCGAACACAAGUUCACUCCCUGUCGGAUGGGAGCUCCAUGCCAUGUUCAACUUCUUUGUGUAUGAUCAACACCGCGACAAGUACUUCUCACUCCCGGACAACCAAGUAAGGCGUUUCCACGUGAUGAAGACGGAAUGGGGCGAGGCCAAAUUCGUGGAGCUUCAAGUCUUUAAUGACUCUUCCAAUGGGUACUUGAUCGACGACGCCUGCGUGUUCGGUGCCGAAGUCUAUGUUCUGAAGAUGACUCGCAAAGCCGAGUGCUUGUCGACAUUGGAAAAACCCAACACCGGCAUCUACACCUGGACGAUCAAGCCCUUUUCUGCCCUCACCUUGGAUCGUUACGAGUCGCAGUGGUUCGUCGUGGGAGGCCACAGAUGGAGGAUUCGGAUCUAUCCUCACGGGCUCGGCGAAGGGAAGGGCAACAGUGUUUCGGCGUACCUGUCUCUGGACGAGUCCACACUUCCACCGGACACUCGACUGGUUGUGAGAUCUACCAUCCGCGUGCUUGAUCAAAAUGAACCCAAAGGGGACCCAUUUGAAGAUACAUAUGUACGCCAUUUUGGAGCGUCGUUCUUGGCGUGGGGUGUUGAAAAGUUCAUGUCAUUGGCUAAGCUCAAUGACCCAAAGCAACCCUACUUGGUGGAAGACACUUGCGUAAUGGAAGCUGAAGUUACCUUGUUCGGAACAGUUUCCACAGCUUCUUAACAAUCAGGAUGAUUUUACUAUCUCUAUUUAAUGCGAUUAAAAAAGAUUGAUGGGUAAAAAAUAAAUUUUGAGAUGGUGUAUUUUUUCUUGUUUUUAACAAUAAAUACAUUGUGCACUCUUGAUGAAAUUUAGAACAAAUAUAAAAUUACUUUAGAAGAAUGAGUCCAGUGGAGUGGAGAAGAGAUUUAUUUGGGGCGGUUUGUUAGGGAUUUUUUUCUAACUUAAAUUGACUUAAUAUAGUGCAAGUUGGAAUAAAGUAAAUCUUAGUUGUUCCCUAUAUAUCUACAGUGGCAUAAUUUUGUUUAAAAAAGAAAAAUUUGAAGUUGCCCGUCAUUGGAAACAGUUGUUCCGUUCAAGCACCGUGUCGUCGGCCGGUUGGGCUUUGAUUGUUUGAGGCCUAGUCGAGAAUCUAGAUCUAUAUAGUUG